GGGCCCCGCUUUGGGGCACUCGACAGGGUUGGAGGGGGUACUGCAGAGCUCUCUCUGGAGACCAGUGCCCGCAGAAGAGGUGCCCCAAGAAAGCAAGGCGGGGAGGAAGCGAAGAACUAGACCAGGCUCAGGCGGCCAUGGUCUGGAAGAAACUGGGCUCCGGCAACUUCUCCAGCUGCCCCAACGGCUCCCUCGAGUGGAUAUGGGACGUGUUUGGCGAGUGCGCCCAGGACGGCUGGGACGAGGCCAGCGUGGGCCUGGGCUUGAUCUCCAUUCUCUGUUUUGCAGCAUCCACCUUCCCCCAGUACAUCAAGGCCUGCAAGACAGGCAACAUGGACCAGGCGCUGUCUCUGUGGUUCCUCCUGGGCUGGAUCGGUGGAGACUCCUGCAACCUCAUCGGCUCCUUCCUCGCCGACCAGCUGCCCCUGCAGACCUACACGGCGGUAUAUUACGUACUGGCGGACCUGCUGAUGCUGUCACUGUACUUUCAUUACAAAUUUAAGAAACGCCCCUCGCUGCUGUCUACCCCCAUCAAUUCUCUGCUCCUGUUCAUUUUGGCAAUGGUGUGUACCACCCCACUGCUGAGGAGUGCUGGCCCCGUGACUGCCCCGAGCGAAGUCUUCCGGGGGCGGACGCUUCUGUCAGUGGAGCCGGGCAGUAAGCCCUUCACUCGGCAGGAAAUCAUCGGCUUCGUCAUCGGCUCUGUCUCCAGCGUGCUGUACCUGCUCUCCCGGCUGCCUCAGAUCCGCACUAACUUCCUGAGGAAGUCGACCCAGGGGGUCUCCUAUUCGCUGUUCGCGUUGGUGAUGCUGGGGAACACGUUGUACGGGCUGAGCGUGCUGCUCAAGAACCCCGAGGUGGGUCAGAGUGAGGGCAGCUACCUGCUGCACCACCUGCCCUGGCUCGUGGGCAGCCUGGGCGUGCUGCUUCUGGACAGCAUCAUUUCUAUCCAGUUCCUGGUGUACAGGAACACGGCCACCUCCGCGGAGCGCCAGCCCCUGCUCCACAGUUGACAGGGACCCAGGCCAAGCCCAGGACAAACCGGGACCUCCAGAUGCCACACCCAGCAAGGGACAGCUGUGGGCAGACACGGGGCUGCUGACCGUGGACUGGAUCGUGGAGGAGGCUGGGGGUGCCUUGAGCUUCCCGCCCAGCUGCCUCCCCACCCACCUCUGAACUCUCUGGGCUGACUCCCGGGAGCCCCGACUGACUCUUCAGGGAGUGAGGAGUGAGAGGGGCACCAGGGCCAGUC